ACCUUUGUUUGCGGAACUAUCGCGCACAGUCGGACAUACAUUGGUGUCGCACACAUACUAUCUGUUUACCAGGAGUUCCGCCAAUAUCCAGGCUAAUAGUAAACUUAACACAACACCGCAUUUUAACCGACAACGGUGGAAAAAUAAAAAUGAAACCAGCCGUGGACGAGAUGUUUCCAGAGGGAGCUGGUCCUUACGUGGACCUGGACGAGGCAGGGGGCAGCAGCGGUUUGCUAAUGGAUCUCGCGGCCAAUGAAAAAGCAGUUCACUCUGACUUCUUCAAUGACUUCGAGGAUCUUUUUGAUGAUGAUGACCUGCAGUGAAACAAACGCUGAGAGACACAAAAAAAAGACUUUGAGAAAAUGGGGUCAUUCUGACCAUAUGCACUUUGUCAUAUUUGUACAGCCCCUCUCCCCCCUACUCCUCCCACUGUUCUUGAUGUAGAUCCUCACCCAAUUGAAAUAAAGCCUCUCUCUGUUUUUACACCAAAAUGUGCAAAGACGAGCUGUCAGCGUGAACCAGG